AUGAAUCUGUUUACGGUGGAGCAGCUAGAACUAAUCAGACGACUGCGCUUAACGGGUAUUACACCUGAAGCUGUUCUUGAGGCAUUUAGAGCACUAGAACAAAUAGAAGCAGAUUUGGAUGCAGCCCGAAUUCAGACAGCAGCUUUGGCAGCUCUCAUUGCACCGGCCACAAAGAUGUUCCAGUUCGAUGAUGGUGCCAAUACUUUCGAAUUAAGCAGUCCGAUCUUGUUGCAACAUCUCAGAAAUCAGGCUCCAGUACCUGUUACUAUAAAUGCAUCAUCUUCUCCGUCUCUGCCAACUACGUCACCAGACCGAUGUACUGUCCAGAAUUCUUUACCUCUUUCAACAACUGCGAGUGGCACGACAUCCACCAGUGCAAACGAUGCGGCAACAUCAGCGGUAGCUACUGCUACAGCUCCGAUACCUCCUGCUUGCAUUCUCGGACAGUAUAAUUUCGAAGGUUCUUCGCCUUCUAACUGUCGACCAAUCCGUUCGCAAAGGACACCGAUGCGUGAAAUUACAACUUUAGAUGACCCUAGUGAAUUGGAUGAAUUUAUGCAGCAGGGCGAAGAAGCGUGCAUACUGGAUAUGAAAAAGUUUAUCACACAAUUUUCACUUAGGCAGACUACAGUUGCUAUGAUGACGGGAGUUUCACAGCCAUACAUUUCAAAACUGCUCAAUGGUAAUCAUCGUGAAUUGUCGCUACGUUGUCGAAAAAAUAUAUAUUCAUGGUAUCUGAAUUGUAGGCGGCAUCCAGAGAAACUUUCUUCUUUCCUUGCCGAUCCAUCCACUCGUUUGGAGACAAAUGGUGAUGGUGAAUUGAUUCCGCAACGUCGUGAACGAUAUGUUUUUCGCCCGAUUUUAAUCAGAAUUUUAGAGGGUUUCUUUGCUCAAACACCAUUUCCAGAUUUAAAUCGUCGAAUCGAGAUUGCUACUGCCUGUAAUCAGGCAUUACAGAUAGAUAAGAAAGGGGUUGGAUUGAUGCCAAAGGAAGUAGUAUCACCACAAGUUGUUGCAAACUGGUUUGCCAACAAGCGAAAGGAGUUGCGUCGGCGUUCUAAUGAUGAGUGUAAUGAGGCUAAUAAUGCGAAUCUGUCACAAGUCAGCUCACCUGAUGCUAUUUCAUCACCAUCACCAACAGCUAGUAUAUCAAAUACACCAAUGGAGACAGAUCGAAUAGGUCUGGACGACCGAAUCGUUGCAUCGAUAGCUACCUCCGUUCCUAUAUCCGUCCCAGCUGUCCGACCAGGAAACAGUCCAAUUGAAAUCGAAACAAGCCUUUUCUCAUCGUUUGCGCAUCAGCAACAGACAACGCUUGUGCAAACGUUGACGAAUCCAAAUAAUUUUUGUCCCAAACCAGAUCCAGAAUCACCUAUAUCAGCGGCGUUACCAAUUGCAUCAACUAAUUGUACUAAUAUAGAUGAUACGGGUCGUGAUUCGGUAGAUCCAACAGUGCAGCAGUUGCAACAGCCGUCGGAUGGAUCAACAUCUUCAGCAGGUCAAUGCUUAGCAGAAAUACAAUGCCAAUUAGAUCUGGUGAAUAAUUCGGUAUUGGCAUUAGUAAACCCAUACAAUAAUCAAAUCCACAGUUCGGUUAUAAAGGUUGAACAAACUGCUGAAUGA